CACAUGGCAGGCAGCGAGCAUGGCGCCUCAUCCCCUUCCCGCCUUGCACCUCCACACAUCCACGCUUCCCUCCUGCUCUGCUCUGCCCGCACUCCUCUCCUCCAAUGGCGCUGCCCACCACACCCUCCUUCCUCCGCCCCCCGCCGCUGACCCAGCACCCUCACCCUCGCCUUCGUCUGCCCCCUCCCUCCGCCUCCUUCCGCCUCGCCGAACUCCUCGGCGGCCGCGGCCUCUGCAACGGCGAGGUCGGCAUCGGCAAAGAACUCUCCUCCUCCCCCACCUCCACCACAUCCUCGUCCGCGCCCUCCCCUUCUCCCGCCACGGAGUCUUCUCCAACGGAGGCGCCGCCGGGGGUGGAUCCGGACGCAUUCGAGAAGGAGAUGAUGGGCCUCACCGGCGGCUUCCCCGGCGGCGAGAUCGGCCUCAAUGACUUCGUCACCAAGAACCCGCCCCCUCCCCGCGAGACCGCCCAAUCCAAGCAGCAAGCCGGGCUCGCCGUCUCCUCGCCGCCGCGCCCGCCGGAGCUGCCCCUGUUCCUGCCCGGCAUGGUGGUGCUGGUCAAGAACCCCAACAACGCCUACCACAUGUACUGCGGGAUCGUGCAGCGCGUCACCGACGGCAAGGUCGGGGUGCUCUUCGAGGGCGGCAACUGGGACCGCCUCAUCACCUUCGACCUCGACGAGCUCGAGGGCAGGGAGAAGGGGCCGCCCAUGGUCAACCCCAAGUCCGUCGUGCUAGAGGCGCUCGCCGCCGAGCUGGAGGACGGAGAUGAUAAAGAGGAGUCGGCCAAGAAGAAGGAAGAAGGCACCGCCGCCGCAGCGUAACCAGGGUUCUUGAUCUUUCCCCUAUGUAUACGGUAAUAACAGCUAUUUGGAGCUGAAGGGAGGGACUGAUAUAAUUGCUAUACGUAUAGUUUGGAUGCUAGUGUAAAUUCAGAGUAUGGAAUAAAGGGUUUGGAGAUAAAUUUA